AUGAACAUGAGGAUUCUGGCAGGUGAAGAAGGGGGGGGGGAUGAGGAGGAUAACAUGGCUUUGUAUCCAAGGAAAGAGCCUGAGAUGUUUACAAAUAAACAAGCAAGCUGUGGUGACCUUACUCCCGAGGAGUUUAAAGAAAGACAGACAAUCAGUGAGUGUAUCUUCAUCAAGCACGGGCUUCAGAAUGUGUUUGAAUCCUCCGGUGAGAUGCCUGUGGAGCCGUCUUUUAAUCCUACUAAUAACAAGGAUCAUGAGUGGAAAUACGCUAUGGUUAAGUUUGGUGAAGUCAGUGUAGAUAAGCCUACUUUGUACUUUGAUGAUAAGGAGCUUGAGUUUCUCUCGUGGCACGUUAGGCUUCAGAAUAUGACUUACUCGGUGAGGAUGAAAGUUAAUGUUGAUGUUGAGAAGACUGGACAAGACGAAGUUGUCGAGAAGCAGAUUCUAUCUAAGAAGACGCAGGACAUCCCGAUUGGUAGGAUACCGGUGAUGGUGAAGUUCGUCCUUUGCAACACAACGGAGAAAGGAGAUAAUGGGGAGAGCUCCAAAAAAGGGGAAAGCGCCUAUUGA